AUGAGUAGGGCUAGAAAAUUGUGGAAGACGAGGAAGGACCAUCUCCUUCGCGUCGCGGGGAUAUGGAGGGCAAAUCACGAAUCUCGGAGCGAGGACAGACGAGAUGCGAAGAACAUGUCGCGAGAUGGACACCGCGUCAUGAACAACGGCAGUGAGCCUUCGAAAAAGAGGAAGAAGGAUCGCGGUGAGCCGAAGGAGGGCGCGAAAAUCGACGGGGCCAACCCCAAAUCAUCACAGGGUAAAGAUGGCGAGGCGAGGCCGGUUGUGGAUGUGGUGGCUGAGGAUCACAAGGAACCCGAGAACCUCGAGGAGCUAGUUAGAGGUCGGAUACAAGACAUACUUUCGAGGCCCGGAGUCGCACAGGUCACGGUUAACCUUGUAGAGAGCGGCGUGGAGAGGAAGAUCCUAUUGAAAAGGCCACCGCAGUCGGAAAUUGAGGGGUCUGUGGUUGAGAGGACAGACGAGGAAGAGGGUCAUCACAAGCGGAGGAAACGACGCAAGAGAAGCCAAGCGACGCCCGAAAAGGAUGAGACCCCAGAACGGAUCACCGCCCAAUCCGAACUCGAAUUACCAGCUCCAUCCAGAGAACUAGACCUAGGUCCAAGCCCAGCUGACCUACCUUCUGCCGAUCUCCCAUCCGAGCCUCCAUCCCUCACAACCGGGCCUUCGUCUCCACCACUGGAGGUAGUCCAAGAAACACAACUAAGCCUGCUUUUAGGGGCACAAGCAGCGGUAGCAGCUCGAAAGCAGCCCGUGCCCAGAUACGUCGAGAUCGCCGACUCCCAAUCCUCCAUGAGCUCACUUCCCGACCCCAUCGACUAUCGUUACCUCGUCGACCCGAAAGACGCCGAACGCGACGCGAAGGUCGUCACUACCCAUGGGCUACCAAUCAACCUUUUUGAUUCCCGCCCAAGUCCCGUGCUCGGGGAGUACUCGGACCCCGUCAGUGAGGUGUUCCCGAGCAAGAGCGGAGGGAAGGUCCCGACAGCCGUCGAACCCAAGCUACAGCUUUCGCGAGAGUAUGACUCGAGCAUCCAUUUCGACCGGUCCCAGACGUCGCAGCUACCCACACCGGCGCCCGAAUCCACGCGGUCGGAGACAGAAGAAGUUUGUGCUUCGCCACCGCGCCGUCCCCGCGAUCCGUACGAACUUGAUUUCUCCACGCCGCGGCGACCGACGCCCUCAUCGAGGAGAAGUACCGCCAGGAAAAUCCAGCCGCCGGGUUCUGGUUCCGGCCAAGCUGGCAGCAGCGCAAAGGGGCAAGAAAAGAAAGAGGUGAUGACGCCCUCUGCGGCGGCUUCCAAGACACGGGUUACAAUUUGCUCAGAAGUUAAGGGGCUGCCCGUCGUCAGUGAGGAAGAACUAGCCUCGAUAUUCUCGGACGGAGAGAUUGAUUUCGACGAGUUCUUGGAGCCAACCCCUCGGAAGGACAGCUUUCCUCCCGUCCAAAUGACUCCGGGUCUUCCUCUGGACAAGACGAAGAAGAUACUGACGUUCAAAACGCCGAGACGGAAUGACGAGGAGUAUUUGUCGGACGAUAAUAGUCUUGUGGGGUUAAUGUCGACCCCGUCGAAGGAUUAUGGGAGGGAGACGCCGUUUAUUAAGACGACGCCGAGGGCGGGCCUGAUUUCGAGGAAGCCUGAGAUGACGAAGAAGCCGAAAAUUAUUACGUAUACUCGGAAAUCGACUCGUGCGAGUAGUAGAGGAAAGGUCGUGGGUGUGCUCAAGACGUCCACGGGUCCGGAUGCUACGUGGCUGGGUGAAUUCGAUAGGACGCCAGUGCGCGGCAGCGAUGUCGAGAAUGAGGAGCCGUCGCCGGAGCUUCCGCCACUACCUCGUCCGGUUCCUAAUCUGAAAGCAGAUGUGCACGGAAUGAGUACCACUACUCCGGGACCUCAAAGUCGGUCUGUCGAGGAAACACCCGCGCCUGUCGUAAACGCCGCUGCUGCUACGCCGGAACCUCUCCGUCAGACCAAGCCGGCCGUGACGACCCGGAGAUCGCUGGAGGGUCUUCCUCCGUCUACGGGUGGCGACUCUUCGAAGAAGCCGACAAGCUCACGAUCAGGGCCGAUUUCGUGUACACCCGUGCCGGUGCCGAAACCCUGGCUCGCGGCGCAGAGGGCUCAGAAUACCACUCCCACUACUAAGACCACUACCACCGCAGGUGCCGCCGCCUCACCGUCCUCCACCACCAUGCCUCCCCCCGCUCGGAUACGUUCCGCGGCACCAUCUAAGACAAUUCCCGCUGCUGCUUCUAAGGGAGGUCCUAUAAAACAGACGCCUGUUCCGUUGCCACCUUAUAUCAGGGCUCUGGCCCGAUCAGGAUGA